UUGAAUUUAAAAUGUUGUCGCAUUCGUCAAACUAAUGGAUAACGAUGCGCCACCAUCACUACGUGAAGUAGAAACUGCCAAUGUCAGUUAAUAACAUCGAGCUGUUUUGCUUUUCUGCUAGUGAAGUUUUCAGUUAUUGGAAAUAAUUCUGAGCUAAUCUUAUCAAAUUCCAAUUUCUAAGUUAAAACCGCUCCACAGCUUAACCAAUAAAGUUGACUAAAUAAGGAAUAAGUAAGAUAAUUUUCAGGCAAUGUGAACUAAUCAGUAAAAUAAUCUAUUUGAAAUAUGCGUAUGUUAUAUUAAGCUAUUGAGUAUAGAAUAAUAAAGUAAAAUAUGUUUGGGACGAUUCGUGAUAAGUUUCAGAUUGUGCAAGAUGGUCUUUCCGCGAGCAUUCGUGGAUUGACGCUUACCGAAUCUUCUACUAAGCCCAAAAAAAUAAUAAACGUUAGAAAAGUUAAUUACGAUGCUGGAGCUGAUAUAUUACAUCACUUUCAAAUGGAAUGGAAUAAUCUUCAUGAACUAUCGGAGGAAAAUGCACAGAAAGCUCAGGAAGCGGAUGCAUUAAUAACAACUAUUCAUGAAAAAUUAGAAUUUCAAUGGAAUUGCAUGUCAGCGUUGAAUAGUAGUUUAGCCGAGAUACCAAAAAUUAACAAUACCGUUGAGACAUUAAUAAAUAAGAUAGGCUCUUUACAAGAAAAGUUUGAUGAACUGAAUAAUGCUAUUUUUGAACUAGAAGAUUUACACGAAGUUUUGGAUUUUCAAAAAAAUCAAAUAGACCAUAAGUUACAAUUAGCAUUGUAUCAAGAAAAAAAAUUAUCAGAAUUCAAUCUUAUUAAAGAAAAGCUGGCGAGCGAACAUGCUGCCAAAGUUUUGGAGUAUGAACAAGAACAGGAAAAAAUUUUAAAAGAAAGACAAGAUACGUUCGAAGAGGCCUUUAAAGAACAAAUAAAAGAGUACAAACAAACAGGUUAUAUACCAAAAAUAUCUUCAAAUCAACAUAAAGGACCAAGUUUGGAUGAAAUAGUCCUCGAGUCAGAUUCAACUGAUUUUGAUGAAUUUCUUAAAGAAUAAUUCUAAAACCUCAAUAUUUAUGAAGCUGUCGUUUUAUAUUUUAACAUCUCC